UAAGUUCGCGAUUUGUCCCAAUUUUUGUCGAUAGAUGUCCUCUCCACCGACCAUAAUAUAUUUUAUGAAGAUUUUCCGAUGUCGCAGAUAAAUCGUUCGUAAAAUGUUUCAGAAUUUUUCUGUGUAUAGAACUAGCCUCAUUGGUAUCACAAGAUCUGCUCGAUCUAAAAAAAAACUUCCCAGGGAUGGCUCAACAGUAUGUAUUUACAAUGUCGUGCUACGAUCACAGUUACCUCAAAUCACAGAUGUACAAGGUUUAUCAGUCAGAUUUUAUUCAAAUCCGGCGAGAAGACCUAGUUUCAUUUCUCAGUUCAUCGAGAAUAUCAAGCAAGAAAUUCAAAAGAAUAAAGAGAUGAAAGAAUCUUUGAAAAAGUUCAGGGAAGAAGCAGAGAAACUGGAACAGUCGGAAGCAUUGCGCUCUGCUAGACAGAAAUUUCAAGCAGUUGAAUCCGAAGCUACUAAAGGAUCUGAAGCUCUCAAGGAAAAGUUAGAAUCCUUAAAGGAAAAGGUACAAGAAGUUCUUGAAGAAGCAAGUAAAACGGAAUUAGGGAAAAAAGCUGGUCAGCUGAGUGAGGAAAUAACAAAGUCUGCGAAAGGAGCAGCAGAGACAAUAUCUGAAAAAAGUCAGGCUUUAGGUAAAACAAGUGCAUUUCAAACGAUAUCGCAAACUGCGGAAGCUGUACGCGAGGAACUGGAUCAUCAAGGAAUGCAUGGAAAAGUAUAUGUACCGCCCAAAGUGUUAAGGAAAAGGAAAGACGUAGUAGAAUCAACAGAUAGCAAAGUUGUUCAACCGAAUGAAGACGUCACUGGUGUUGAAUUGCAUAAAGAUUCUAAAUUUUAUCAAUCGUGGCAGAACUUCAAGGAUAAAAAUCCAUAUGUGAAUAAAGUAUUGGAAUGGAAGAUCAAAUACGAGGAGUCUGACAAUCCUGUAAUUCGUGCCUCUAGACUACUGACAGACAAAGUCACAGACAUAGUUGGUGGACUAUUUCAAAAGACAGAUUUGUCAGAAACGCUGACAGAAAUUUGUAAAUUAGAUCCUAGCUUCGAUAGAGUACAAUUUUUAAAAUACUGCGAAACAGACAUUAUUCCAAAUAUUUUGGAAGCUAUGGUAAGGGGGGAUCUCGGUAUUUUAAAAGACUGGUGUCACGAAGCUCCGUACAAAUUACUAGCGCAACCAUUAUUACAAGUAGAGAAAUUGGGAUAUCAUUUAGACAAUAAAAUCUUAGAUAUCAACAAUGUAGAUUUAAUGUUGGGCAAAGUAAUGGAACAAGGACCUGUUCUGAUAAUCAGCUUUCAAUCCCAGCAAAUCAUGUGCGUGAGAGAUGCAAAGAGUAAUGUCAUUGAAGGAGAUCCUGAGAAAGUGAUGCGUGUUAAUUACAUCUGGGUAUUGUGCCGCGAUCCUACCGAACUUAAUCCAAAAGCUGCAUGGCGUUUGCUCGACAUUAGCGCUACCAGUACCGAGCAAUUUGUAUAGUGUACAGUUUAGGUAUAAAUCUAGUUAAAGUUUUAAGAAAAAGAAAAAAAAAGAAAUAAAUCAGAGCACGUGACCGAAGAACGAGCAAGUAAGGAACAAGUUUUAAGAUUCUCGGGGAGAAUCGAACGGGGAGAUUCUUAUCAAGAUCCGUGAUCUGUAUAUUAGUCUAAUUGAUGAUGGAUAUUAAUUUUUCGUGAUUCAAAUUACACUCAGUACAGAUCCUACGCCAUCUUCCAUAUAUAAAUCAAAGAUUUACGUAUGAAAGUGGAAAAGUAUAAAUUAUUUUAGAGAUGUACGUAUUAAAAUAGUUUUACUGUUACCAUGCCUUUUUAAUAUAUUUGAAUAGUAUACUUGAACGUUAUUUAUAUUAUUAAAGCGUAUAGAUUAAAGAUUCGAUUGUUUGCUAUAAUUAUUUGUGCUAAGGUUACAAUUGUUUCCGUGUAUCAGGAUGGGUAAUUAUUGCUCGAGUGUAACUCGUGUCUGGGUUAAUGCAACUAAGUAUACAAAAUAAUUUCAAACGACUCGUUUUGUACAUAUUUAAACAUUGGUACUAAAGUAUCGAUGAACGGAGCCUAGCAAAACUAUAUAUAUAUAUAUAUAUAUAUAUCUCAAAAGCCAAAUAUUUGUUUUGCAUUAAUUACGACAUGAAAGAAAGAAAGUGUAAACGUUUUAUGUGAUUAAAUAAAGAUUGUAUAUAUUUUCGUGUUUGUAAUAUCGUGCUGUAAUGCAUAGUUUAAUAGUUAUUUUCUUGAAUCUGUAAUAUAUAAAUUCGGAAUGCUCGUUUAUAAAUCCAACGAGUAAGUUUCCAACUAUAAAUGAUGACACGUACAAAUGAGUUUGAUGUAAAAAUAAGGGAGAGAAAAAAAAAAGAAAUAUGUUUUGAGGAAA